GUGGGGGAAAGGGGAAGGAAGGAAAAUACAAUUUUUCUGCUUUCAGCAGAAAAUAAAUCAACUUUCACAGAGACUUCUGGUGCAGCCAAAGGCUGUGCUAUCAUUAAAAAUGAUUUCUUAUUAAGCUGAACUCUCCCCUUUCUCAUAUCGUAUGAUAUGACAGCUCUCUUUUGAUGGGAAAGCUUUCAUUUGGCCAGAGAAAGGGAUAAUUUGCUUCUUUUAAGGAGUUAAUCCUCUGGUCCAUUUCCGGGCUGGGAACAGCUAUCCUCCCCCUUCCUUGAAUCAGAGGUGGCAGCACAAUGGAGAUCAUAACCACCUCAAAUCUACACCCGAGAUGGAGAAAUCAGAUUUCUUCCUCCAGUCAUUUUUGUGGGAUUAGCUAAAUCUUAGAUCCACACUAACCCUUCACAAAGCUGCCAAGAUUAGUUAGAAUUUAUUUUAUUCACAGGGGGGUUUACGGUUUUCUUUCCAAAGGGAUUAUAUCUCGCUAUAUAUAUAUUUAGGGUGGCUUCAGUCAUAAAGCAGCUCGGUUAGAGGGAUAAAAAGUGUUUGUGCGUAUAAAAUAAAAACUCGGCUGCAAGAAUGACAGUCACUUGAAACGCCAAGACAAAGCAGCGAUUCUGGAUGGCUUUGCCAGUCCGUUUUAAAAGCUACGUAAGCUGUCUUCUUUCCCGCGAGACCCCUCUCCAGAGUUAGUGCACGGAAAGCAAACCCCGCUCAGCGUGAGCUGCCCGUUCCUGUGGCCGCUGCUGCUGGCAGAGGAUGUCUUCGGAGCCAGCAUCGGACGCCGACGCCAGCAGGAGAGGCCUGAAGAAGCCGUGUUCGUUCAGCAUCGAGGACAUCCUCUCCAGCCCAGCAGAGAAAAGCCCCCAGGUCCUGGUCCCGCUGUGCCUGCGAGGCAUCUUGGACAGCACACCCAAGGGGCUGUGUGAGCUGGAGGCCCUCCCGGCCAGCCCCCCGCAGGAGGAGGAGGAGGAGGAGGAGGAAGAGCUGGACGGGGCAGGCUGCAACUGCUGCUGCUGUUCUCACACAAGCGCCCGUUCCCGGCAGGACGUGCCGAGUUGGCUGGACGCCCGGUUCCCCUGGCCCAUGCAGCUAUUCCACUCGGCAGUCAGGGUCUGCAAGAGUCCCCACGGGAGCCCGAGCAAGCUGCAGACUUUCCAUCAGAUCCAGCGCCGGACACGCCGGCAUCGCACCAUAUUCACCGAGGACCAGCUGCAGGCCCUGGAGACACUUUUCCAUCAGAACCAGUACCCAGACGUCAUCACCCGCGAGCACCUGGCAAACCGCAUUCACUUGAAGGAGGAGAGGGUGGAGGUUUGGUUUAAAAAUCGGCGGGCCAAGUGGCGGCAUCAGAAGAGGGCAUCUGCUUCAGCGCUGAUCCUUCAAGGCACCAAGAAGCCCCCCGAGGAGGGCUGUUAGAGGUUGCAGGCUGCGUCCCAGCAGACGAACGCCAAGAGCAUCCCUUUCCCGUAGCUGACAGGUUCCACAGGCCGGUAGCCCGAGGGGGACUGAGGAAGCAAAAGGGAAUCUCCGAUUCCCCGAGGAGGAGGACGGGCAAAAGCAGACAUGGUACUUUCACAUCCCAGUUUCUCUUCCAAACCCAGUUCACGUGGCAAAGAACUCACCAGGUGUGACCCUCAGGUGCUGAAGCAGAAACCACUGCCAAAAGCCCGUGCAGGGGACAGAGCUGUACCAGUGUUAAAUGUGUGUGCUUCAGGAGAAGGGGAGACUCCCCUUCUUGCCUUUGCUCUGUGCACGUAGUAUUUGUGCUUGUUUUACUACUGUAGGUUUGCAAAACAUCCUGCAAAUGAAUGUUUCCUAUUUUCAGCACCUCACUGGCAUCUAGAGUUGCUUUUGGGGUUGAGUUUACUGAACAGGCGAUUCGUUCCUUAAGCAAGAAACACGGGUUUCUCCCCGCAGCCCGUGGGAGAGGUGGUCCUGCUCCGGUGAGAGGGGUCGGCGCAGCGAGCGGGCAGCUCAGCCCGGGGCCGGCCCCUGCCCUCCCCUGCAGAGCCAGCGGUGUCCGUGUCCCGGCGGGGCUGUAAAGCAGCGAGAGAAAUAAAACCGAGUUCCCGUCGCCUCUGUGCGUGC